AAAGGAACAAUGGUUUCCCAAAAAUCGCAAAGCAUACUGUAAAUAUUAAAAACUUGGUCUCUAAUAGCGGGCAUUGUAAAAUAAUGCAAAUAGCAAAAAACUCAGAAUAGCUUUCGCAUUUUUUCAUCAAGACCUUACUUCAGGGCAACUUGAACCUGCCUCCAGUCAUACCCUAUUUCGAGGCAUGUGGGGGUGUGUGCAUUAUCGCAAGAAAGCAUUCCAUUCUUAUUCUGUAGAUUUCCAUUCGUUGCCGUGAUGAAUGACAUUUCUUAUUCUUUGUCAAUACGUUAGCUUGCUUGGUUUGGUUGAGCUCUUGUCUUUGCUGUCGUUUUCCAGCCUUUUCCCGUGCCAUUAUCUCUCUCUCUCUACGAAAACAGCGCAGUGCCUGACAUGCUCGUGUCCAACUAGAAUGACUGUCGCGUGUGUAUCCAAGGUAGCGCGAUUGAUGUCGGUUCUUUCAUUCUCAGCCCUGCAGAAUUGCCAUGGUUAUGUUUCGUUUCCCAUCUCACAUGGUAAGCGAGUCUCUUAAUGAGUAUGAGAUGAUUCAUUUUGCGUGCAGCAUGUUCAGAUCACUGCUUAUCGCUCUCUUUCUUUUCUUUUUGUCCAAUGUCAACAAGCAUACAAGAACUGUUUGGAUGCCCUUCUUUUCAACUAUUUUUUGCUUUGCAUUUUCUGAAACGGUGAACCGAGCGGAUGAACCCCUUUCAAGUGAAAAUAGCACCUGCUGUUAAAACAAAGCAUCUAGGUCGUUGGCUCUAGAAGUCACUGUUAUAGAUUGUUCAAGAGCUCACACAAAAACAGGGUAAAUGACCUUUUCGUCUGUAUCCCCCCAUCAAAAAAAGAAUGGAAAAAUAAUCUCCGAUUUCAAGAUUCAUGCGGGGGGAGCUUUAAAAAUGGGAAAAAUACGUAAAACU